AUGCGAACUACGUUCGCAAAGUCGGAGAGCCUCUUACAAGAGGCCACCGCACGCGUGGUGAUGAGGACUACUCCAGAUCAGAGGCUCCAUGCAGUCUACUGUUCUAUGCGUUUAGGAGUCAGUUCUACACGCACAGAAGGUAUGCGAACUACGUUCGCACGCGUGGUGAUAAGGACUACUCCGGAUCAGAGGCUCCAUGCAGUCUACUGUUCUAUGCGUUUAGGAGUCAGUUCUACACGCACAGAAGGUAUGCGAACUACGUUCGCACGCGUGGUGAUUAGGACUACUCCGGAUCAGAGGCUCCAUGCAGUCUACUGUUCUAUGCGUUUAGGAGUCAGUUCUACACGCACAGAAGGUAUGCGAACUACGUUCGCACGCGUGGUGAUAAGGACUACUCCGGAUCAGAGGCUCCAUGCAGUCUACUGUUCUAUGCGUUUAGGAGUCAGUUCUACACGCACAAUUCGCGAUGAUUACAUCCACGCGGAAUGA